CCCAGAAAGCUGGGAAUGGCAGGAAAGAUGCCGUCUGUUCAGUAUUAACAGGAUGAAAGGUUACCAUGGGGAAGGCAGCCAGUCACAGCCUCCAUGUCACUGCAUCCCCGAAAUCAGAGAGAGAGCAUUGGAUUUCCCUCAUCACAUCCCAGAUUUCCACAAGUCCUAUCCUCGCAGCGCCUCUGAAUCUUGUUCCCUUGAUCUGCACUAUUGUCCUCCUCGGAGUGCUGCUGUGACACAAGAUUGUCCUGGUGGUCCUGUGAGUAUGCCUGAGCCACGGUCCUCCAGUGGUGGUACUUACCCCAGAAUGCACCACAACCCCCAACAGUUUGACUGCGAUGAAUGUAUGGCCGCUAUUGCUCACAACUCCAGCAAGAUCAACCGCUUGCCCCCUACACUUUUGGACCAGUUUGAGAAACAGCUGCCCCUGCAUCAUGAUGGCUUCCACACCUUGCAGUACCAACGUACCAGCACCACAGAGCAGCGUAGUGAGAGCCCAAGCCGUAUUCGCCACCUAGUGCACUCAGUACAAAAGCUGUUUGCUAAAUCCCACUCGCUGGAGACACCCUCUAAGAGGGAAUACAAUGGCACCAGAUAUGAGGGACGUGGAGGAGAUGGCUACCAGCACUCCCAGCCUCGGCACAGUAAGAGAAGCAAAAGCAAAGACCGCAAGUCAGAUCCUAAGCACCGAUCAAAGAUGGCAGGGUGGUGGAGCUCUGAUGAUAACCUUGACAGCGACAGCAGUUUUCUGGUGUCGGCACGUCAUGCCAUGGAGCAUGGAGCUCCCUAUGGAGUGGACACUCCUGAAAGUGCCUUCAGAGACUUAACCUUAAAGAGUCUAAAGGGUGGAGGCGGGGAGGGAAAAUGCUUGGCCUGUGCUGGGAUGUCAAUGUCCCUAGAUGGGCAAACGCUUAAAAGGAGCACAUGGCACACAAUGACCGUCAGUCAAGCACGGGAAGCAUAUCCAAGCUCAGGCAGCCAUCAUCAAGACAAGAUGCUGAUGCUUCAGGAGGCCAAGGGGAAAGAGCGAGGAUACCAUUACCUGCAGGUACCACCAGAUGAAUGGGGGGGAUACCCAAUAUCUGGAAAAGAAGGAGAAAUACCCUGCCGAAGAAUGAGAAGUGGCAGCUACAUCAAAGCCAUGGGGGAUGAUGACAGUGGAGACUCUGAUACCAGCCCCAAAAUGUCACCCAAAGGUGCUCGCCGGCGUGAAAGAUAUCGCAGGUCUUCAAGUGUCGACCAUCCCAGAACCAAGUUUCCAUGUAAGCGAUAUUCUGACUCAUGUCUCUGUAACUGUCCCAGCUGCUGCACUCCACCUAAAAUUCAUCAAAAGGGACACGGCUAUGGUCUCUCCAUCAUGGGUCAAAUUAAGGGUGAGAUAAACCACCAAUCAGGAGCUGCAUGUGAAUCCGUGUUCAGUGAAGUGGAAUCUCAUGCCGUAGAAGCCUUGGAUCUCCCUGGCUGUUUUCGAAUGCGCAGUCACAGCUACCUCCGUGCCAUCCAAGCUGGUUGCUCACAGGAUGAUGAUUGCAUCUCUGUCUUCUCCAUGUCUGGCCCAUCAGGACAAACCCUUGCCAGCAGCAUCCUUAAGCCCAACACUUCAUCUUCAUUACCAAAUAAAAGGUCUCCCAUGAGGUCCGCACUUUCACCACCACAGAGAAGUGGUACAUUGGUCACCUACAGCACUACUUCAGUAGAAGGGGAUACAGAAGACCAAGAGUUGGAAAACCGAAGGUGUCAAGGAAUGAUUAUGAAUCCUUACCUAGAGCACUGGUCCCCCACAAAAGAGGAAGUGCGUGUAUCACUCACUGUGGGGAGACAAAUCAAGCAAUCCUUCAGGCGUGUGUCUCCUGGACCUCUAGCCUCCUCCACAGAGGAUCCUCUUUGUUAUCUUUCUGCACAUACAGGCUGGGGUGAUGAAAGUGAUUCAGAUAUUCCACCAUCUGACAGGGUUCCUGAAUCAGCAGAGUCUACACAGUCUGAGAGGGAUGGAGGUAGUCAACAAACAGAGAUAGGCUCCUUAUCUGCUGGAAUGGUUUGGCCCCUGAUGCAGGAUCAUAGGAAAGAUAACAAUGGGGAUGAUGAUCACCAACUGGCAUCAUCUCAGCGUAGUGAACACAGUUGUAAUGAAUCCCUUCUCUCUUCUGAGUAUCCUGAGGGUGAUCAGGCCUCUAGCGCCACAAUGCCACGAAGACUUGGAAGGCCUCGAGCUAAAGAUGACAGAAGAGCUCGUUGGAGAGCUAGUCUUCAUCGCCUGUUGCAGUUGGAGAAACUGAGAGACCAACUCUAUCGUCAAGAGUUGGCCUUAAAAGAAGAAGAGAUGACUCGCCAAAGAGAGGAGCGUGCAAGAGAUAGAGAGAUUCACCGACAGCUACUUGGUGUGCUUGGUGAUAUUCGAGAUGAACUCAGAAAAAGAAGACAGGAAAGGGCAAUUGCUCAAGAAGGUCAGGCUACGGAAGGCAGAGGCACACCAUGCAGUGGCACCACCACUACUGGCCGAAGGGCUCGUGGAGGACUAACACGUCCGAGAGGGACACGCAUUUCUUCUGUAUCAGCCACUUUGCCCUGUUCUUUUGCUCAGUUCUUUCUGCAGGAUCCAAGAACUGGGUCUUCUAUGCCAAGCACUAUCACCAGAGGCAGCAGUGAAAACCCCACUUGGGCUGGGAGCCGUCUCACUGGCCCCUUGCGCAGGAGGGGACAACCUCGUGGUCGUCCUCGAAUCCACCCCAAACAAGUAAUGGGGGAUAACCAUGGAUAAUAAAGAACUGGCCUUUUUCAUGUUUUACAACAAUAAAGGAAGUGUUGAAGAAAUAGGUGUCUUUUUCUUUGCUAUG